GUGACCAGAGACGAGCAUUGGCAGGGUAGAGGUUCAUUGUCAGGAGAUAUAAGCUCUCUUCUUUUCCUUGAAGCAGAGUCCGCCUCAGCAAUACAAAAAUAUAAAAAGCUUUAAAACUGACACGUCAGCAACAUGUUAAACCAAUAGAGUUAGAGUAUAGUAAUAAUUGACGGUAGCCUUAGCCGCAGAUAAGAUGUGUUUAGAAGACGCUGAUAAAUACAACGGCUAUGAAAUCACGGAGAAGACCAAUCGCGACAGUCGCCGGCGGAAGCUCGAUAAGGACGCUGCAAUUAUAUUUCUUUUUUGUUUGAUAAUUUUUUGUAACAGUCGUGGACGCUGCGUCUGGGAAAAGAACAGAACUAUAUAAGGCUCGUUCUUUUCACCGCAGCAGACGCAGCGCAGAAGGACCAAAAUUAUAACUGACUUUUGCCCAAAUAUGUGGAGAACACCGCAGGCAGCCGUACUUUCCACCAUUAAAAUCAGACGCAGCUCUCGUUUAGCUGUCGCUGUUUUACCCAGCGUCACGGAAAACACCGGCGGCAUUUGCAAAAAGUAAUCGCAGCGGCAAGUCAUUUGUUCUCCACCAUAUAUUUUCGUGAUUUUGAUGUGUUAAUUUUGAGACGCUGACGCAGCGUCUGCGGCCGUGAAAAGAACAAGCGUAGAAAAACCUGAUUCAGUGAAUAUGUUACGUUAAUUGUGAAUCCAAAAAUAUAUAUCGCAUUGUCCUCCAACGGCGUAGGUGACCAGAGACGAGCAUUGUCAGGAUAGAGGUUCAUGCUCACUUCUAAGAAUUGCAGUUAACAUUAGCCAUUUGGCGGAGAAAGUGAGCAAAUUCGCCGUCUUCUUGAAUGAAAUACAUAAUCUCUAUGCUUCCUUACAACAAUCCACAUUAAGAGUAGAAAGAGACUCUGUAAGGGUCCCGUGCAUAAUUCUUCGGCAUCACUUGGAAAAGAAAAAGCAUUCAUCUGUCAGUAGUGUGCACCUUUAUGAUCAUUAGUGAGAGGAAAGAAGAUGAUCUCAUUGUUGAAACGUUAUCAACAUACCUUAUUGGUUAGGCGCUUCUUCAGCAUCAUCAUGAUAAGGAGCAUCAUCCCCUUGAUGAUCAUCCGGGUCAUCACCAUCUUCAUCAAAAUCCAAAGGGAAAUCUUUAACUUCAUGAUUCAGCAUCCCGCAUCGUGUACAGAAGUUACAAAGACAGUUCAUUAUCUCCAAGUUGUACUAAAAUUUACAUUCAUUAAUUUAAUUAGGGACUGGAGAGUUUACAGAUAUCAAUUGCGACGUAGAUUGUGACCGAAGCGAAGUCACAUAAAUGACUUCACAAAUAGUUUUCUUUGUGAUUUUUCAAGCACAAGUGGUUAACGAUCUAUUGAAAAUAGGUGGAACCCGAGUUUGAUCUGUGGUAAGCGGGUUUUGCGUUUUGUUUUCCGAUUCAAAAAGACAUUGUUUAGAUUAGUUAGUAUAAGCUGAAUCAACCACGAACCGAUCCAUUUCAGCAUAUUACCAAAACAUGAUGUUGAUGGGAAGCACUUAAAAACUAUUUAUUCUAAAUUUAUGUUUUAAAUUUAAAUUUGUGAUUAGUCAAAGAUAUCAGAUAAGAUAAGGGAUAAUCUUGUUAAAAAAAGAUAAGGGAUAGUCAAAUAAUGUAAUUAGUCGAUCGAUCUUUCAUGAUUUGUGGCAAUAAGAAUACCAAACGAAACCAUUGAUUACAUGAUUGCGUCAAAAACAUCGUGCCUAAUAACAUAACAGUAAUUGCCUUAAUUGAAGAGAUUAGGGAGAUCGAUUCCCACGUGGAUUGUGACCGAAGCGAAGUCACAUUUAAUUUAACUUUCACAAAUGGUUUUUCCUCGCACCAUAUUCGAAGAAAAUAGAAACAGAUCUUAACUUCAAUCCAACUUUUCUCCAUCAUUGAUUUUUUUUCCUUGUGCCGUCCAUUUCCAGAAAUAUCUCAAGUUUCUUGAUUCUAAAUUUUGAUUAAAGAGAGUCUUAUAGGGGGUUUAUUAUGGUGAUUGCUUCGAUAGUUAUGGAAGUAGGGAUCGUUUGGUUGGUUAGAGCCGCUUGGAUCGCAUCUAUACUUCCUAUAUUGAUUGCUUCCAUACCUAGUUCAAAGCUGACAUCCUUUCAUCAACUCGUUCUUGGUUUCGCCGGAAGAGGCAAGAUUCUUCAUCUCUCCUCUCAGAAGUGGACAGUUCCUCAAAAAUACUUUGCUCAUUUCUAUGUUGUCGGAGCGGCGUGGACCACUCUUCUGCUAGCAACCACUUGGAUGUAUGCUUGCAAAACAGCCCCUUUAUCCUCAGAGGAGUUCCACCUUUCCGACAUUGCAAGCCACUUAACCGGGGGUUCCCAUGUUUUCUCCUUUCAUAAAUCGCAUUUGACUCCUGUGGAGCACCAUUUCAAAGUGUGGCGAGCAGUGUUUCUACUUGUUCUGAUGGAAAUCCAAGUUCUGAGACGCCUUAUAGAGUCAUUCUACGUGUUCAAGUAUAGCCCUUCUGCUCGGCUUCACAUUCUUGGUUACCUCGUCGGAUUCUUUUUCUACACAGUAGCGCCUUUAUCACUCUGCGUCAACGUUGCUCCAGAGGUAGCAAGAUUCGCAGCAAGUUUAAUGGCUGAGUUCAUUGCCAAAGGAAAAGGUCAUACCUCGGCCCCUGAGUUUGACAUUUUAUCAGCUUUAAGCCCUCUGAUGAAGCUUGGAUGGAGCCAGUUGAUUGGUGGCGUCAUUUUUCUCUGGGGAUGGUUACAUCAACGCUGCUGUCACGCAAUUCUUGGAUCGCUCCGGGAAAAUCCUAGCCAAGCGAAAGAGUACAUAAUCCCACAUGGAGAUUGGUUUGAGAUCGUCUCCAGUCCACAUUAUUUAGCCGAAAUCGUUUUAUACUUGGGCUUGCUGAUUGCUAGUGGAGGAACAGAGAUAACAAUCUGGUUACUCCAUGGUUUCGUGGUACACUGCACUUUCUUAUUCUCAAUGACUAAUGAAAUGCUUUCUUUUGGAUUCAGACAAAUUUUGUUUAUGUCCUUUCUUUGAAGGUUGGGAAUCUGACAUUAGCGGCUGGAGAAACACACCGGUGGUAUCUCCGAAAGUUUGAGAAUUAUCCGGCUAACCGAAAUGCCAUUUUUCCUUAUGUUUACUAAAUGAUUCGAGAGAGAACACAACUUAACCCAGCUUGUACUGUAUUUGAAUAUUCAUGUUUAUGUAUAUUGUCGCGAUGGGGUUUAUGCUCUGUUAUCCCCUCUUGGCCCUCUAGAUUGAACCAUCAAAGAGGUCACAACAAUAUAUCCUCAUCUUAUAAUCGAAGUCGUAAUUCAUAUCA